AUGCAGAGUGGUCUACAGAGGGUGCUACGCGCACAGACGUGUGGGGGAGCGGCGUGGCGUARCGUUUUAGGGGGCCUCUCCAGAGGGGGGAACUUCUCCUCCUGGGUGAAGGGGUACACGAAGGGGUGUGGGAAGGGCUAUACGGAGGGCUAUGGGAAUGGCUAUGCGAAGGGGGACGCCCGCGUGGUAGCCCCCCCCAGCAGUGGUUGCUUCCUCGGCAGCGGUUGCUUCCUCGGUAGAGGUUGCUUCCCCGGUAGGGGCUGCUUCCCAGUGGAGAAACGGCACCUAACGAGGUACUGGGCCGAAAGCACGAAAAAGAAAAUACACGACUCAAAAAUCAACGAGUGGAGAGAGCAGUUCCCAAUUCUAAACGAAUACGACGACAAGGACCUGACCAUCUGGAGAGAAGCUUUCAACAAAAUGGACCGAGACAACGAUAAUUUCAUUUCGCAUGCAGAUUUGCAGAAAAGUGAUUGGAGCUUGGAAAAAUAUAAUUUGUUCCAGAAUUACGACAUGGACCAGAACAACCUCAUCGACUUCGGGGAGUUCAUUCAGGCCGUCACCGACAUCGACACGCAGCACUUUAAGAACUUCUUCCAGGGGUUUAGCAAGAUCGACAUCGAGCUGGAGUUCCAGAAGUACGCCAUCACCGAAAAGGAAGAGAACAAACAGGUCAUCCCCCUGACCAAGCUCAUGCAGAUGCUCAAAGACAAGGAGUUCACGUGCGUCACGCACACGGACUCACGGAGGCUGUUCAACGCCAUGGACUUUAACAAAGACGGCGCGCUCGACUUGGAGGACUUCCUGGCGUGGCUCGGGAAGAAGUAGUACCUCCACAUUUGGAAAGAUCAAAGAGGAAGAAACGCACAUAUGGGUAGUAUCUUCCUUCAUGCCAUCACAUGCGAAGGGGCUAUUUUUCACAGAAUGAACUCAGUGCCACGGGCAUAAAAGUACUGCAAUUCGUAGGAUUUUUUUUUUUUUUUUUACACAACUAUGUGCCAUGUGUAGACUGACCUUUCCCCCAUUUGGCAUAUGCCUAUGCGCCUCUAAAUCACCAGUUUGCUUCUUUUUUUUUUGGCCGCAAGUGAAAGGACGUAAUUCAACAGAGCGUCAAUUCUAAGCGCAUUUCUGCUAGUGCAUUUCUGCGAGCGCAUCCUCUGCAACUGUGUAGACACGAGAUAUUUAUGGGCCUUUCGUUUUUUUAAGUACAGCAGGAAGGAACCCCUGCUAGCUAACUUAUUUGAUUUGCAUUCCUC